AGAUGCACUAGGGGGUCUGAAACACCAAAUUCCUUUUUCCCCCCUUCUUUAAUCUAUGCUCUAAUAAGCCAAAUAAGGGACCGUUUUCUGUGGAGCUCUUUGAUUAUGUUGAUGAGCUAAUGUUCAUUGAUAUUCCUUCAGGUCACUGACAUCUUGUUAUCUCAGAAUGUCUAGGGCUCUAGAGCAUACACAAUAACACAGAAUGAUAAUCAAAUAAAAUGGUUUUAGAUACUUGGCUUCCGACAUCAUUCAGAAAGUUAUGCACAUUUUUAAAUAUCCAACCCAUUUCCCACCAAUUUCCCACCAAUAAUGGCAGUGUUUCAGUGUUGUUCCCUCUAGUCAAAGCCUAACUUUAGUUAUUCACUAAAAGUCUUGAUUUCCAGAUUAAAUGGUGGUCAGUAAUGUUAUCUUGAGACAUAAUGCCAUAAAUUUGCAUCAUAAAGUUUUGUGUGACUUAAAACAGGCAGCUAUAAAUGAAUGAUUAGUGUAUGCCAAGAUAUACCUUUGCCUAGUGCAUGUUAAUGUUAUCUUGGCCGAAACGACAACAUCUUCCAUCCCCCUACACCUCAGUGCCAAGGUUCUGAGUCCUGAACAUUAAUUUGCUAAUCAAAUGAGCCAGGUGCAGCUACGAGUGUAAUCCUUUCCCUGCUUUUAGAGUCCAGAUUCUGUCAUAUGAUUGGACGUUGCUACAGCGUUACCAUGGCAAACACAUGGAGGGUUGGGUGUGGUGGUGGGGAUGAAGUCAUUAGAGACAAAACAUUCAAAGAAAAGAUAAUGUUUACAAUGAGAACCUAAUUUAGAUAUUUAUGUUUGUGCAAAUAAGUCUGGCUGGUGUUGUGUUAUUGUUAUGUUUGCAGCACGUACACACACACACACACACACACACACACACGGCGCAGUUACAUUCAUCCAGAUUCAUCGACUCUAGUACAAGAAGCAUACUGUAACACAGUUGUAUGAGCAUCAUAAGCUUCCACCUUUAUUUGGUUCAGCUUUUUCCAUUUUACGCUCUCUUUUAAGACCUCACAUCCAGAACCACCCCCCCCCCCCCCCGUCUUUGUUCCACAUAUUAUUUUUCACACAGCUUUCCACACAGUCUAAUCUCUGCUUGUAAGCACUGUUAGGCUCAGGUGUCUGUGAUUUUAUUUGUUGAAGCUCUUCUGAAGUAGAAAUGGAGAUUAUCAUAGAGAUAAAGGUGCUCAGAAUGAAUUUACAUGCCAGUAGAGCAGGUUGUUGAAAGGCCAUUGUUUUUCUUUGCUCUAAAGCAAAUUUGAGCACACGUCUAUAUUUUGGCACACUGCAGUAUAAAUAGAUUUGAUUCCAUUCAAUUCAAUAGAUUCAAUUAUUACAUGCAUGCUAUGUUUUCAAUGUCCUCAGUCCGACCAUCUUUGAGAUUUUAUCAUUUUUGUAGGACAGGAAUACUGUAAGAAGGUGUUUAUCCUGGCUUGCACUGACAUGUCUGCACCCCCAAUCCCCACCCCCAAAAGUAUGUGAAGAAUGAGUAUAGGAAGGGCAUCAUGGUUUGCUUAACACUUUUUCUUUUUUUAUUUGAGAGCAUGUAUUCAAUUACAUUAUGCCUCUUGUACAAAAGACUUACCAGGUGUUCAUCUUGUAUUGUAAAAUAAGAACUGAUUGGUAUUGUAUUGUACACUUUGUAUACCAGUUUUAGACUGAGGUGUCUGGGUUCAAAAGGUAUGCAGAAUCAAUGGCUGCACUGUUGAUGUUAAUGUAGUAAUGGCUGUGUUAACAUUGAUUGCACUCCCCGUAGCACGUUUGCACCUUAUUAGCACAAAUGUUUCUGCAUGAGUCACAGAGAAUGAUUUUCCCCUUAACUGCACCCGAAUGACCUGACCUCUGGACACUUUUGCUUGAACAUUAGUGAAUGACACAUUAAUUAGAACACAUCACAUUCAAUAGCCAAUUCCACAUGUUUUUUAAAUGUUGUUUAAAAAAAAAAAAAAAAAAAAAAAAAACUUUUAAUAAAAUACGGACCCAUUGGUAAUAUUUAUAAAUCUCUAUGGGUUGUGCAACCUUUGAAUGUGUUAAAAGCAUCAUAUAGAAGAAAGUAAGUGGCCAAAUUAGGUAAUUCAAAGAGCACAAAGCUAAAAAUCACAAAGUCUCAAUAAAGCAAUACUUUGUUGCUUUUUAGUUUAUGAUCAUUAGCAUUAGUUACUUAAGUAAUUAUGUAAAUUGCUGUUGCACGUUUCAAGAACUUUUGAGAAUGCCCUGGAUUGUCCAUAUAUGUAUAUUCAGUUCCAGUUGUCUUAUUGGGUUAUGCAUAAGUUCUCUGUUGAAGUGACACAUAUAUUAGAUGUGGGACCAUAUCAUUAUAUUUGUCUAGUAUUAUAUUUGUAAUCUAAACUAUAUUUCAUUAACAGCUUCAGCUUAAAAGUUUUUAAAUCAACUGAUGAUGAAUUAUUGGUUGCACUGGUACACUGAUGCACCUACACUCUUCUCACCGAUCUUUUUAAUCACUUUAAGCUUUCAUCGCUUCUUUUAUACUGCUUCUAUUUCAUUGGUAGCACCUGUGCAUAACCCUGGGGGCAAAUCUGUUGAGAAUCUGUUGACCUGGGUCAAAAAUGAUUCUCUGAAGAAGCAACAUUUUACCUGUAAUCAAACAGCAUUCAGUUUUAAACUCUUUACCACAAACAUGUAAAGGCAUGGUGUGUGGGAAUAUAAUUUAUAGUCUGUAACCAUAAUUUAUAUAUCCUCAUCUUAAAUCAGUAAUUUGGGCUUUAUAUGAUGUUCUUUAACAUAUGCAAAACUUAUAACUUCGUUGUGAAGAAUUUCAAAGAUUCUAUAAACAUUCUUGAUCCAGGUUUUGUAAAAGACAAACUCAACACAAUGGUUCUUUAAAUAUACUCGGCACAAAAAGAAACGUCCUCUCACAUUCAACUGCUUUUAUUUCCAGCAAAUUUCUUAACGUGUAAAGAUUUGUAUCAACAUAAAAACAUUCAACUGAGACAUAAACUGAACGAGUUUCACAGACAUUUGACUAACAGAAAGGGAAUAAUGAGUCCCUGAACAAAGGAGGGGGUCGAUAUCAAAAGUAACAGUUGGGUAUGUGGUGGCCAUCAGCUGCUUUAAGUACUACAGUGCAUCUCGUCAUCAUGGACUGCACCAGAUUUGUCAGUUCUUGCUGUGAGAUGUUACUCCACUCUUCCACCAAGGCAUUUACAAGUUCUCCAUCACAUCUGGUUACAUGUAACUUUCCACUGCGAGAACGAUCAGCUGUCCUUCCUGUCUCCCUGUAGCACUGUCUUAGGCGUCUUACAUUACAGACAUUGCAGUUUAUUGCUUUGGACACAUCUGCAGUCCUCAUGCCUCCCUGCAGCAGGCCUAUGGCAUGUUCACGCAGCCUGAGAACCUGCUUUUAGCCAGCAAACUUAAGGGAGCUGCAGUGAAACUGGCUGACUUUGGCUUGGCCAUUGAAGUGCAGGGAGACCAGCAAGCAUGGUUCGGAUUUGCUGGCACUCCUGGUUACUUGUCUCCUGAGGUGUUAAGGAAGGAACCCUAUGGGAAGCCAGUUGAUAUGUGGGCUUGUGGUGUGAUUCUCUACAUCUUGCUGGUGGGCUAUCCUCCAUUCUGGGAUGAGGAUCAACAUAGACUUUAUCAGCAGAUUAAGGCUGGUGCCUACGAUUUUCCUUCUCCUGAGUGGGACACAGUGACCCCAGAGGCCAAAGAUCUGAUCAAUAAGAUGCUGACAAUCAACCCUGCCAAACGCAUUACUGCUGCAGAGGCCCUCAAACACCCAUGGAUCUGUCAACGCUCUACAGUGGCCUCUAUGAUGCACAGACAGGAGACUGUGGAAUGCCUGAAGAAGUUUAACGCCAGGAGAAAGCUAAAGGGAGCAAUCCUGACCACGAUGCUUGCCACAAAGACCUUCUCAAAAGGGAAUCCAUAUAAGAAGCCUGAUAGUGUUAAGAUCAACAACAAAGGCAACGUAGUCACCAGCCCUAAAGAGGCAGUCCCCUCUCCUGCUCUGGAGCCUCAAACUACUGUUAUCCACAAUCCGACUGACGGAAGCAAGGUAGAAUCCUCCGAGAGUGCCAACACCACCAUCGAAGAUGAGGAUGUGAAAGCACGGAAGCAGGAGAUUAUAAAAGUGACCGAGCAGCUGAUCGAGGCCAUCAACAAUGGAGAUUUUGAAGCUUAUACCAAGAUCUGUGACCCUGGACUGACCUCUUUUGAACCUGAGGCUUUGGGGAACCUGGUGGAGGGAACAGACUUCCACAGGUUCUACUUUGAAAACUCUCUCUCAAAGAGCCACAGGCGUACCGUCCACACCAUCUUGCUGAAUCCUCACGUGCACCUGCUGGGAGAAGACGCUGCCUGCAUAGCUUACAUCAGACUCACCCAGUACAUCGAUGCUAACAGCAUGCCUCGCACCAUGCAGUCAGAGGAGACUCGGGUGUGGCAUCGCCGUGACGGCAAGUGGCAGAAUAUUCAUUUCCACCGCUCAGGCUCGCCAACCGUGCCCACCAAUUAACGUGGUGUCCUGACCAGCGCAGUUCAGUGUAAAGGACUUAAUGUCAGAUGGCCACUGAGUGUCUGCUUUAUUCAAACCCCACCUUUACAACUUCUCCACCCUGUCAGUCUUGUUUACAUAUCGUCACUGCUGGACUUUAGCCUACACACAGGUGGGGAAUUAAUAUCAUUUUGUAUUAGGAUGUGUGUAUGCGUGCGACUUGCACGCUCUCCUCAUAAACCAUUGAUGUUAAAGACUUAUGUAUACAUAUUUUUUUUUUCCCUUUUUAUAAUUUAAUGUUCUAUUUUCUAUGGUGUGAAAGUAGGGCGUCACACUUGCUGAUAUAUCUUUGGGUGUGUGGGUACAUCAGGAAAAGAAAUGCUUGAUCUCUGUACACAGUCAGAUACAAAGUCAAACAGUACAUAGACGAAUCUGGGCGCACGUGUGACAUGUUCAUAUUAGAGUGAUUAGUAAUCUAGGCACAAUAUCCGUCACUGAUCUUGAGGAUAUGAUUAGCAGCAAAUCAAAGCCAAUUCAGUCUUGUUUCAGUGCUUUUCUAUUUUAAGUGCAAUACAGCUGAAAAAAAUUCAUUAUGAAUCUGACAAAUGAGCUCGCUUUUGUUUUUUUGGUGAAGUUUUUGUGAAGUUGUGUGAAGUGCUAUUCCUGCUUUAUCUUUUAGAGAAUUGACAGUUGACCGUGAUCUUAGUUCUGCGAGCUUUGUUCGGUUUUAGGUUGCUAUGGCCUAAUGGGUUUAGCAACACUAAUGUGCAAAACUGACAAAGGAAGCACAUUUAGCCUACAGUUCGCUAUUUUAUUCUGAUGUUUUCCACAGCAUCACAUGAACACAGUAGAAAAAGUGUAAAAAUUUCAAUUAAAGAAUGUACUUUAUCAAUCAACACGAAUAAUUGGUAAACCAAACUAUUUUAUUUUAUUCAGUUGUUGUGAGAGUUUUAUGCUUCUGUUUUCAUUUUUAUAUUGUUUACUAACAUUUGAUGGGGGUAUUCUUUGGAAAGAAAAAAAAACGAGUUUUCUCUAUUUUUCACACCUUCCUUAAUUAAUUAGCAUUAGCUGUUAUGUAUUGCAUGAAACAUCUUUUAUCAACUUUUAUGUACUUUUAUGUACUUCAUGUUUAUGAUCUUGUGAUGGUUCCCUUCUCAAGGGUGAAGUAGAAUAAAUGGUUUAUGCUUUGUAUUCCAUACUGUCCAUUUAAACCGAAAAAGAGAUGAGUAGUUAGUGCAGUUUGAAAAUGAUUUAUAUUUGCAAAAACUAUUACGAUUAUCAAUGCAAAAUCCAAAAAAAAAAAAAAAAAAGAAAAAUAGGAAAAUUUGAAAUGGGAAACAUUUGACAGAUUAAUAUAAAAGAUGAUUUAUUUGUAGCACAGUUGAUAUUUGAUUUAAAUAAAGCUUGCCUUUGUUUACUCAAACUUUGUUUAAGAUCGACUGUAAUGCUUCAUAACAUCAGUUUGUGGAAAGCAUUGGGAGGAAACCUGAAUUUGGGACUGAUUAUUAAUCAGUCUGAUUAUUAAUGAUUGUUUAAUUUGGAUUCAGUGUCUGAAAUGCUAUCAGCGGUUUGAGACUUAAAGAUUAUCAGUUGUUAUCUAGUUCCAUUUUAUUUGCUUUGCAUUUAAAAUUUUUUGUUAUUUUUGUUACUUUUUUUUUAUUCUAGUCCAGUUCCCUUUGUACUUUUUAUUGCUGUAACUAGAUGAAAAUCCCCAAUCCCACAAACCUGUACACUAAACAGAAGUACAAAUACUCGAGCAGUUAAAAAGGACACGAUAAAGCAAAUAAAUAAACUGUGAAAACAUCCUCUUUUUUUCUCGGUUAAUACAUAUUCAUUUUGAGAUUAAGAAAAUUAAGGAAUUUAAAUAGUUUGUAUAUGUGGAUACAGAGAACAACAUAUUACUGUGCACAGAAAAACAUAUUACCAACCCAAUGCAUGAAUAAAAUAUUUCUGCCUAUUUUUUGUUGUUGUUGUUGUUGUUGUUGUUGUUGUUGUUAAUCUUAAAUUGGGUUUAAAAGUUAAGUUUAAUGGAAAACUAUUAGCCAUUUUGUGGUUUCUGUACAUAAAAAAGGUUGGGGUUUUUUCCUCCUUUGUUUUUUUGUAAAAACUUUUUACAAAGAAAGUGUCCCAUGUUAAAUAAAAAAGCCCCAGGCACCAGCA